AUGAAAAUCAAAAUCCUAAUGAUUCUUGUAUAAAUAAAAAUAUACUUUUGAUUCAAAAUUGUAAUCAAUCAGAGAAAAAUUUAAUUAGAAAAGAAUUGAAAGAUCAGCUUUUAGUUAUAGGCAAUACAUAUCAACCAAAAGAUUCAGGUAUUGAAGAAGAUUCAGAGGAAGAAACUUCAGAUCAUAAAAAAAACAUUAUAAAAAAGUUAAAAAUAUAAUUCAAAAUACAGAACAAAAUAUAUCAAUUACUUCUCCACAAUCCACAAAAAAUAAUUUGAUAGAUUGUGAUAAUAAUUCUGAAAGGCACAUGUCAAAUAAAUCAGAUAAUAAAGAUAUGAUAUUACAUGUAGAUAAAAAUAUAAAUGAAAUAAUAUAUAAGGAAAAGAGAGAAAAACAUAAAGUACAACCCAAAGUUACUCACACAGAAAUUGUUAAUAGGAAGUAUAAAAUAAUAUGUGAUACAUCUGUAUUUGAUAAUCAUAGUGAACCAGAUGAAUUAGAUUUUUAUGAUGAAAAACAUGAAAUAAAGGAAGCACAAGAAAUAAUGGAAGAUAAUAUUUCCCCUAAGGAUAGAAAACGAGUACAACAAUUAAGAAGAUUAAAUUUAAUUGAAGAUAAUAAUUCUAGUGAUAAUGAUGAUACAUGUUACAAUGUUGAAAAUAUGAGAAAUAAACUAUUUGAACGAUCUAAAGAAUCAAUAGAUACAUUAAAUAAUGAAGAUGAAGAUAUAAAUUCCAAACAUGAAAUUUCAAUGAAAUUUGAUGAAAAAUUACAAAAUAAUGAUAAAUAUAUUCAACAUAAAUCAAAUUCAUUAAAUAAUACAAUAAAUCAUAAUUUUAACAAAAAACAAAAUGUAAGAAAAUUAAAUAAAAAGAAUUUAAAAAUAGAGUGUACAGUACAAUCAGAAAAUGUACAAUCAGAAAAUGCACAAUCAUCAAUAUGUGGUAGACCAUGCAAUUUACAGGAAUUAAUAAAAAAAGAAAGUUUAGUACUUGAAACAACAAUACCUUCUUUUACCCUUAAGGAUAUAGAAACGGAUGAUGUUUUUCUUAUUGACAUUCCUUCUACGGUACUUGAAAGUGAAUUAAUAGGAAGUAAAAUAGUUUUGACAGACAAAAAAUUAAAACUUGGAAAAAAGAAAUACAAAGUUGAAUGUAAAAGUAUAGAUAGUACAUCUUGGGUUUUUGCUAGUGGAAAAAUUCACAAACCCUACAAAAUAGUAAAUAUUAAACCAAUAACAAGAGCAGUAGCAGGAGAAAAAAUUACAUAAAAUUCAUUUAUCCAAAUUAAGCAAAAUUUGUUACAUAAAAAAAUGAUCAAUUAUCAAAAAUAUUUAAAUAAUGAAAAUGUAAGUAAUUUGUGCA